AUGGCUAGGCGUGGACACCCUUUGUUUCAAUCAGGCAUGUUGGUAUUGGUGGUGGUGGCUGCAUUGUUUGGUUGCACCUCUGCUUGCCCAAGUUGCCCACCUGGGUGCCCACCUGCAGUGCGAUACCGAGUGGGAGACUCAAUCUGGUCCAUAGCACCAUCCCCAAACUAUUACACCAACUGGUCCUCCUCUCAUUUCUUCCGAACCGGCGACUCUCUCAGUUUUGACUUUGAGACGGGUGUUAACAAUGUAAUUCAAGUGUCAAGGCAAGAGUACCAGAGGUGCACUGCGUGCAACCCCUAUAAGGUCUUCAACAAUGGUCCCGCAAUUGUACCACUGAAUCAGAUAGGUGUCUUCUAUUUCAUCAGCAAUUUCUCAAACAACUGUGCUCUUGGGCUCAAGGUUUCAGUGAAGGUGCAUGCGUGCUCCGAUAAAUCUCCACUUACUCCAUUGCCAUCACCUUCUCCUUCUCCUAGUCCUCGAUCAUCAACGCCCGCAUCAUCUCCCGGCAUGAGGAAUGGAUCUAAUCCAUCAGUGCCAGAUAUAAGCCCAGCGGCAUCCCCUUAUGGCUAUGCUCCAGAAGCUAAUGCUCCCACUUCCAAGUCUGCGGCAUCGGGGCUUAGAAGGAUCAGUACAAGUUCUUCUGAAGUCCUAUUUGCAUGGGCUUUUGGAUUGUGCAUGGUGGUAUUUACCAUGCUUGGAUGA